AUGUCCAAGUCCAUCGUCAACAACAACCCCUACCCUUUCCAUUUCGAGGCAAGCCAGUAUCCAGCUGUCAAGUCCAAUGGAAAGGGAGUCACUGUUGAUUACGCCAACUGUAGGGGGGCAAGACCUUCCCUGCAAACAUCCAGACUCAGAGCCAUGGUGCAAGAGGCGCACGGGGAUCCCUCUAAGAUUCUCGCCAAUGUCUGCAGCUACGACGCCUUGAGUUCUCGUCUGUGCGAGGAGGCUGGUUUUCCUAUAGUGUUUCUUGCUGGGUAUGCUAUGGCGUCUGCAUUUGGACUCCCUGAUACUGGGUACAUUGCUUUCGGGGAGGUUGUCAACAAGGUCCAAGAGGUUGCCAGGGAGGUUAAUGUUCCUAUUCUGGUAGACGGUGAUACUGGUUAUGGAAGCCCAAUGAAUGUUCGCCGAACGGUCCAGGGAUUUGCGCAGGCUGGAGCUGCUGGGAUCAUGAUCGAGGACCAAUCGUGGCCAAAGCGCUGCGGUCACACCGCUGGAAAAAGCGUAGUUUCCCGCAGUGAAGCCUACGCUCGCUGGCAAGCCGCCGUCGACGCUAGGAACGAGGGUCAGGACAUUUGGAUCCUCGCCCGGACAGACAGUCUGAUUCACGGAUACGACGAGGCACUAACCAGGGCACGUAAAGCCAUUGAGAUCGGGGUUGACGCGGUUUUUGUCGAAGCCCUCCCUGAUCGCGAAUCCAUGGCACGUCUUCGUCAGGAUCUGGACUUCCCGGUUAUUGCCAAUAUCAUUGAGGGUGGCAAAACACAGAACCUCUCUGCAAAGGAUCUUGCUGAGCUUGGCUAUAGCAUUGUCUGUUAUCCUUGGACUCUUGUUGCUGCUAAGCUUAAGAGUAUACGGGAGACAUUGGAAAAUAUCAAGGGUUCUAUGACGGUUGGGAAGCCUCCUGUUGUUCUUUCGUAUGAAGAGGUUUGUGAGGGCGUUGGUUUUAACAAGUACUUCGAGAUUGAGGAGAGGUAUCAAUAUGAGGGAAGGGCUAAUGGAGCCAAUGGCCACCAGUGGAAGGAUUAG